AUGGAUUAUAAUCAACAAAACAGUGAUGGUGAUAAUUCGACAGUAACCUUCAAGCAACCUCAAAAUUCUUUACAUUUAACAUUAUCAACCACAUCAACAUUAGAUUCAACAUCGAAAAAAACAAAUUCUCUUAUGAUAUCAAAACAAUCCAAUCUUAAUAUUGAUUAUGCAAUAAAUCGAAUUAAAUCAUUACGCAAACGUUAUUAUCAACAACAAAAACAAAUAGAACAUUGCACAUCAUCUCAUUCAAUAAAUACUAGAAGUAUAUUACCUUCUACUACAACAAUAAUGAAAAAACCUGAAAAACAACAAAAAUCAUUAAAAAAUUUUUCUAAAAUACAAACACAAGAAGCUCGACCAUUAGGUAUUUGUCUACGUAAAUGUAUUCAAUGUCGACAAUUUAAACAUAUUCUAUUAGCUGAAUGUACUGUUUGUUAUCGAAUGAUGGAUAUUGAUUUAAAAGAUUGCAAAUGUCAAAUAGUUACUAACAAGAAUAUUAUUGAUCAUUUUAUAUGUUCAAUAUGUAAUAGUGAAUUAACACUCGAUGAAUAUAUUAUUUGUGCUAAUCGAACAUGUCAAACAACAUUAUCAACAUUGAUAAAUAAAGAAAGUAUGAAUGAAAUUGAAGAAAAAUCUGUACUUUCUACUAUUCUUACAAAUAUAUAUUAUCCUAAAUCAACACAUAGAACAGUUGCUAUACAAGCUAAUACAUUAAUCAAUUUACCAUCAGUUCAAAAAUUUUUACCAACUAUCAUAGAUGAUGAAAAUGAGAAAUCAUCAUCAUCAAUGUCAUGGUCUAAACAUGAUUCAGAUUGGACAAUAAUUACAUCACCAGAUUCUUCAGACAUCUCUUCUAUGAGUAUUGCUAGUAAUAUUAAUGUAUCCUUGGAUAAUAUUACAAGGAAUGUGACAGCUGCAUUUAAUUCCAAUCAACCAACAAAAUUAACUUUACAAUCUGAAGAUAAAUUACGACAACAUCAGUCACAAUUAACAAAUACUAAUGAUAAAAUAAUAAAUAAUAAUCUAGAAUUUAUUGAAAUGCCAAAAUCACCUCGAUGUUUACCAAUAAUGAAUGUUCAUAGUCGUCGUGAUCGACUAUCGACAUUACUUAAACUGAAAAAGAAUGAAAUAUGUCAAACACAAUUAUCUUGUCUAAUGGAUAUUGAUGAAAUGAUUCGAUGUGAUGAAUUAGUCGAUCCAAUUGUUAUACGAACAAACAAUCUAACUCAUAUUGAACGUCAAAUUCAAGUAGAUACAAUUAGAGGACGUUUUCAUGGUUUAUGUCAAACUCGCAUUGAAAUAGAUGAUCGUAUUGAAAAAGAUUCAACAAUAAAUUUAACAAAUGAUGACAGAAUUUUACAAGCACUUAUCGAUAGAGAUGGACAACGAUGGUCUGAAUUAAUUGAUCAAUUAAUAAAUGAACAAUCAAAUUUUUCAUUAAGUGAUAUUGCACAACAAUUACUUGAUACUAUUGAACGUUUAUAUACUACUGAACGAUUAAAUAAUUUAACAACUGGUCAAUUACAACGUAAAGUUCGUUAUGCAAUGUCUCAAUUAAAACAUAUUGAUGAAAAUUCAUAUUUACGAAAUAAUUUUAAAACAACAAAAAUUAAUCAUACAAAUAUAAAUUCAAGAAAACAAACAGAAUGUAAUGGUACAAUGGAUAUGGCAGUAACAGUCAGACAAAUUGAUAAACAUCAAACAACAGCAUCACCUGAUCAUAUUUGGAAAUCAUAUGUUGAUCGUUUAUUCGAUCAAGGUCAUUCAGCUAAUGAAAUUCAACGAUUAUUACAUAAAGCAGCAGAAAAAACGAUGCAAUGUGAUGAUUAUCGUUUACAAGAUGUUUUUAAUUAUAUAAAUACAAAAACAAAACAACAACGAGCAAAAACUGCACCAUCCAAAAUUGCAUCUUCACCAAAAACGAUACCAGUAACAUCUGAACAAUCUCAAUCAACGAAUUUAUUUCAAUCAAUAAAAUUCAACAAAACAUCGGAUAAUAGUAGUUCUUCAACUACGAGAAUUACAUCUGUAACUGAUAUGCCCUUGACAAAUUUUGAAGAGCCAUCCAUUGAUGCAUUACAUCAUGUUGAAAAUACUCAUCUUCAUGAACAUUCCUUGAACAUUCCAUUCGAAUUAAAUAAAUUAAUUGAUAUUAUCUUCGAAUCGAAUUUACGCAAACCAGAUAAUAUUGAAAUUUUGAUGACAAAAUGUAUUGAACUUUUAACUAAUGAAGAACAAGUUAUUGUACCACAACUAGAAGAAGUUCAUUCUCAGCAUAUGAAUGAAGCUAUAUCUAAUACAUUAAAUCUCUUACAAGAAUAUAAAAAACUAACAAUGCCAUUUAUAAUAAACUAUGAGGAUUUAUCAUAUAAUCGACACAUUUCAAACAUGAUCAAGAUUUCAUCUGAUAGUCAAAUUUCAUUAAAAUUAGUCAAUGAGAACAUGGAACAAACUAUUGAAUCUUCAUCUCAACCUAUUCAAUCCGACAUAGAUCUAGAUUUAAAAAAACAAGUGAACACAUCAGAAUAUCAAGAAACUGUUAGUUCUAUAGAAUAUCGUCCUAUAUCAUAUACUUUUUCGAAUGAAAAGGGAUCAACAGAAUCUUCAAGACAAGAAUUCAUUUGUUCAACAAACCAUAUUUCAUUAAAAACCAAAGAGUUAGACGAAGAAUUGGUCACGAAUAAAAAUGAUCUGAAUAAUAUAUCGGACAUACCUUUGAAAAUAGAAAGUGAAUUAUAUGAUGAUCUAUCUCUAAAACAAUGGCUUGAUGCUCUACUUUCAAAAUUAUCUGAUAACAUCAGUAGAACAUCAAUUAUUGAUCAAACAAAGAUUAAUGUCAAAGAUAAACAAGAAUCUAUCAUUAUGAAACCAGUAGAUGAACAUGUAUCAUCAUUGAAUGAACAACGUUCGAAAUCAUCUAUAUCUAUUAAGGAACGUACAACAAAUAUGAUUGAAACAACUGAUGACAAACACAAUAUACAAUAUGUAACAGAUGUAAUCAUGCUUAAAAAAGAAUAUGCUAUGUCAAUCAUCAUUCCUGAUCAAAUUUUUUCUAUGAUUGAUGAACAUUUUCAAUUAGUUGAAACAAAAUUAUUACAGACGAAAGUAGCAACAGAUUCUAAACAGAUUUUAAAAUCAAAUGAUCAGUUGCUAUCAUCAGUGAAUGAGGAAAAUAUUGAGCAUGUCAACAAAGAACUUUCAAACUUCAAUAAUGAUUUUGAUGAUAAAUUUCAAACGUCUUCUUUCGCUACCCUAUUACAUGCAAAUCAUGUCGAUGAAGAAAAACAAUCUAUAUCAUUUGUUGUUAAUGAUGAAACACCAUCUAUAACCGGUCGAUCUUCAGCUCCUUCAGAUAUUGACUUAUCAGAACAAUUAAAUCAACUUCAAAUACAUGAAUGGUCCGUAUCUCCAAAACAAUUAGUACCGUUGGAUCUAUCAGAAAGUAAAGAAAAAUUUGAAUCAUCACAAAAAAUAUUACCGAUGUUUGAAUCAGAAGACAUAUUGUUAUCAAAAACUGAUAUGAAUUUUGUUCCAGAAACAAACAUAGAAUCAUCACCAUCGAAUGAUCAAGAAGAAGAGAAAGAAAAAACAAAAUCUAUCUUGUCAUUUUCUUCUGAAGACAAUGAACAUGAAAGUUUAAUAGAAACAAAUGAACCUCAUAUAGACAUUAUAACAUCAUCUAAAUCUUCACAUAUCAAUAAACAAGUAUUCGAUGAACAUACGCCCAUAACUGCUUCAAUAGUAUUUAAUCAUCAGAAUGAAAUUAGUAAACUUCAGCUACCAGUUUCAACAAAAUAUUUCAGUACUUCUAAUGAUAUACAAUCUAAUUCUUUUUUGAUUCACUUGAAUCAUCAAACUAGUACUAUUCCGCAUAAAAAAUCCAUAUCUAAUCAUACUCCAAUGCUAAAUGAAGAGAAAAAUUCAUCAAUCAAUUCACAUGAUCAAAAUCUUGUAAUAGAAACAUCAAUCCAGAAUAGUGAAGAUAAAAAAUUAUCAAGUGAAAAAAUAGAUAAUGUUAUUACUAAUCAUUUUCACGAAUCUACUAUUCUAUCAUUGAAUCAUAAUAUUACACCACAAUCAGUAAAAUCAAUACUUUAUCCAUCAAAAACUACAGUGAAUACCUGUUAA